AUGAGAAAAGAGAUGGACGAGUUGAGAAACACCAUCAAAGGGAAGACGGACCAAAGCUUGGAAAGGAUAGUCAAGAAGACAGAUUCACCUUUCACCGUGGGCAUCCAGGAGUGCCUGGUGCCCUCCAAGUUCCGUCUACCACAACUAGAGCCCUUCGACGGGCUGAAAGACCCACUGGAUCACUUGAAUACCUUCAAGACGACUCUGGGUCUUCAACAACCCCCUGACGAGAUUUUGUGCCACUUCUUUCCCACUACCCUCAAAGGAGCAGCCAAGGAGUGGUUCAACAAGUUGCCAACGUCAUCCAUUGAUAACUUCGAGCAGCUAAGCAAUUCCUUUGUCCGUCAUUUUGUCGGCGGGCAACAUCCAAAAAGGGCUGCCGACCAUUUGCUCACCAUCAAACAAGGAGAGAAGGAACCAUUGAGGUCUUAUGUAAUACGCUUCACCCGAGGAAUGCUGGAAGUAGACGAGGCCGACGAUAAGGUACAACUCACGACCUUCAAGGCAGGGUUGAAGUCCAAAGAUUUCGUGGCUUCCUUGGCCAAAAAUCCCCCUAAGACGAUGGCUGAGGCAUUAUUGAAAGCACAGAAGUAUAUGAACGCUGAAAAAGCUCUGGCAGCCAUUGAUGGAGUAGAAAAAAGCAAGGAAAAGAAGAAGGAGAAGGAAGACGAUGUGAGAAGGCAAAAAAGAGAUCGAAUUGAUCGAUGGAAUGACGAAGGAAAUAGAUGGAGGGAGGACAAGAACCCUCAUCCAAUGAAGUUCACACCGUUAGUGAUGCCUGUUGACCAGAUUCUGACAAAAAUAAGAGACGAACCAUCUCUUAAAUGGCCAAGGCCACUCCAUUCAUCGCCUAGUUUGUGCGACAAAAGGAAAUACUGUCGUUUUCACAAAGACUAUGGGCAUUACACAGAGGAUUGCAGAGAUCUGAAGGAGCAGAUUGAAGAACUUAUAUGGAAAGGAAAACUACAACAAUAUGUGAAAAUGGGAGAUUCUAGCAAAUACAGCCAGAAAGGUUGA